AUGCAUGUUUAAUUGUAAAUUUGUCCUUGACAUUGACAUAUCGUGUGGUUGAAUAGUAAAAACGUUUUGAAAAAAAAGAUUGUAAAAUUUUAAAACUUUGUUUUUUCUGCAAAUAAAACAGUGAUCGUCUUCAGUGAUUUUUUAUUUCAAGUGAUCGUGGGUUAAAUAAUAAAAAGAAAAAAAACGUUUAAGAAAACUAGUUUUUAAGAUCGUUUAUUGUUUUUCAAUCGGUUUUUUUUCAUAAUGUCAAUUGAUAUACCACCGCGUAAGUGGUUAAAUAGUCUGCUAAUAAUUUCACUAACUUUUGCCAUCUAUGCCAAAACGGUUAAUUUGCAACCCAUACAUGUGGUUGAGGAUGAGGGUGCCGAGGAGGAGAAAGAAGCCGAGAUGAUGGAAUAUGCACCACAAUUUAGAAAACCUAAUGCACGGAAUUCAACACAUUCUACAUUCAGUUCUACUUCAAAUGUAUUUAACAAGUUGGUGAGUAAACAGAUCGACUUUAUAUGAUUUAAUAAAACGAAC